CAUCAAACGUGUGUAAAAUCUUCGAGAAGAUGAUAGCGCGGAGGAUACAGUGGUACCUGGAGACCUACGAUAGAUUAGACCCAAGACAAACCGGGUUCAGGGAAUACAUGGGGACUCAGGACAGCAUCAAGCUCCUAUAUGAGGAUGUAAUGGCAGACAAGGACCGCGAAGACCCAAGGCUUGUAGUUGCACUCGACAUAAAAAAAGCCUUCGACUCCGUGCCCCAUUGGGCGGUCAAGGACGGGGCGGCAAGAUGCGGGUUAGGAGGGAGAACGCUGAAAUUCAUCGGCGAUUUCCUCGACAAGAGAAGAUUCAAAGUAAAAAUCGGGAACACGAUGGGCCCUGAGGCCCCUAACAACAGGGGAGUGCCACAAGGAGCAGUUAUAUCACCCACACUUUUUAAUAUGGUGAUGGCUGACCUACCCACACGACUCAGACGUAUUCAGGACCUUGGAUUCACAAUUUAUGCUGACGAUGUCACGCUAUGGACCAAAGGAGGCUCCCUGGGCGAACAGGAGCAAAUAAUGCAAAGAGGCAUCGACGAGGUUACGAACUACCUAGAAGAAGUGGGGAUGGAACCAUCCCCAGAAAAGACGCAAUACAUGGUUGUCGCAAGACCAAGGGAUCACAGGAAGGGCAUCGCUCACCUAGUGCAACUUCAGCUGAAAGGACAGACCAUAGGCAGGCAACCAAGUAUUAAGAUCCUCGGAGUCACUUUUGAAGAGACGGCACGAAGCACUAAAUGGCUACCCGAGCUAGAAAAGACAUGGAACCAGACACUUAAACUCAUCCGAAAGAUAACCGGCAAAUCAUGGGGGGCCGAUGAAAAGGCUAUCAGAAUCAUGGCCGAAGCACUCCUCACCUCUAAAGCACUGUACAGUUGCAAUUGGAUGAACCUAAACAGGACCCAGUGGAAAAAGAUUGAAAGAUUAAACCACCAGACCAUGAGAAUAGUUACAGGACUCCCAAAAUAUACGCCCCUCGAAGACCUCCGGAAAUACGUGGGGAUGAACACAAUAGAAGAACAGGCGGAGGCGCAAAAGAUCGCACACUUUCAACGCUUAGAAAGAACCGCACACGGCCGGCGUCUUCUUGAGAUUUUGGGCUAUGCAGCAGAAGGAAGGUACCCACUAGAGGACGCCCUGCCACCUUGGAAAGACGUUGAAAUAAUCGACCACAAACCGAUACCCAAGAAAGGGAUGGGAAGAAGAGCCUUCGCAGCUAAGAAACACAACAAGUGGCUGGAACAACGUACAGAAGAAGAAAGAAAGGGAGAAAUAAGAUACACGGAUGCCGCGAAGAACACCGCGGCUGUUUCUAUAGCAUGGACAGAUGAAACGGGGAACAAAAUUGAAACAGCAAAACUCUCAGAACAGACGUCCGUCAGAGAGGCCGAACUCAAAGCUAUACUGGCAGCUGCUGAAGACAUUAAAGCAACUCUCCAGCCGGGCUACACGGCCCGAAUAUUCACAGACUCGCAGCAGGCGCUUAAAGCGUGCAGAAACAGCAGAACAAGAAACAGGACAGUUAAAACUAUCAAAAUAAUCGCAAAGGAGCUAAAAAAACAAGGCUCUACACUGAUAAUUGAAUGGCUACCCGGGCACACUGGUAUCCUGGGCAACGAGAGGGCACACCAGGCCGCCGCGGAGGCAGCUAGCAGCACCAGCUCCGCAACUGGCCUAACCUCUCGGGAAGAAGCAACCGAGGAAACUCCCAUUGACCCAGAGGAAAGAGCCGAAUUGGCAAAGGAAGAACGCAAACUCUACCUGAAAGGCCUUCUACUGACAGUAGAAGACCCAAUCCCGCAAGGAUACACGAGGUGGGAGAGUGUACGAUUACGAAGAAUCAGGACCGGUACAGCCUUAACACCGGCAAGAAAAGCAACAUUUACAAAAAAUGAAGAAGGAAAUGAAGACAUCGACCCUGUGUGCAAGAAAUGCAUCGCAGGAGGGUUGCUGACAACAACACACAUGCUUUGGGUCUGCAAGAGUCUAGAGAAAUUCAGACAAGACGCAUGGGCCUCGCUAGCGAGUGAGGCGAAACCAAGGAAUUUAGAAGCCUGGACCCACCCAAAAGGACAGGCACAACACAGAAAACAAAUCCUAGAUUCACUGAUACGUUUUAUCAGGACAUCCGGGGUCCAUCAAUUCAUCUAGCCUAAUCAUCAUCAUAAUCCCCUCUCCCUACAACCCUCUCAACCCCCUCCCUCCUGCCUCAGGUUCACCAGACCAUAGGCAGGCGAACCUUUCGCAUC